UUUCAGGGCUACAUUUCAUCCUCAAAGCAAGCAUAUGUUAAUUUGUUUUUUUGAUAAUGAAAUGAUGGAGGGAGGGGGUGAUAAUAGGGUACACUAUAAACCAAGUGCUCAAUUUGUAAUAUCCAAAUAAAUAUUGCCUUUUUCUCAUAUUCCAACAGGAUUACUACAGAAUGAGCUAGUGCAUUUAGCACCUGGAGCAUGAUGGAGGCUAGUUCUGAUACAAUAUCAUCUCAAACAACCACUCUUGCUGGAUCACAACCUCUCUAUUCCUUGCAGACUUCUCCCUUUCCCCCAUCCCAUACUUCAUUUUCUCCCACUACCUUAGAAUCCAUCCAGUCUUCCCCUCUCUCUAACUCAUCCUCCCACUGCUUAGAUGAACAUAAUGCACAAUGCCGUAGCCCCACAACCACAUCCACCCACGAUGACUUGACCUGCCUGAGCUGGCUGCAUCAAAGGGGCAGCAACCUGCUACCCCUUCAGCCUCUGCCCAAGAUCAACCUGUUGUCCAAACUACCAGAGAAGCCUCCGGCCUUCAUGUCUGCUUAUUCACUAUCCCCCUCCUCGAACAAGCCUCCCUAUUCGUUCAGCAGUCUGACUUUCAUGGCGAUUGAGGACUCCCCGAACAAGUUGCUUCCGGUGAAAGGGAUUUACGAGUGGAUCAUCAACAGCUUUCCCUACUACGGGACAGCUUCUGGUGGAUGGAGGAACUCUGUCCGCCACAAUCUGUCUCUGAGCAAGAGCUUCAGGAGGAUCCAGCGGGACAAAAGCAAGUCAGUAGUAGGGAAGGGAUCUCUGUGGUGUGUGUGUCCAGAGUAUCGAGCAUCACUACUCGAGGUGUUGAGGAAGACCCGUCACUACCACAGCACUAACAGCAAUCUGGUCAACAUGCCGGCCUUGUGGGAAGGAGCUGACUAUGGGGCUUCUAUGGUGUGCGAUUCUGUGGACAUUACUGAGGAGCUUGUCACCAUGGAGUCUGUCGAGGAGGGGGGGGGCGGCGAGGAGAUGGAAAAAGACCCCAUGUCGGACAGCGGGUACAUAGAGCUGCACUACUACCAGUGCCACCAGUACCAGUACCUGGUGCUGCCGGGGGAGGCUGAGCUGGACUUGGAGUCAGUUGAGAUCCUCCAGCUGGAUGCAGAUGCCCUGAUCAGAGAAAAUGUAAUACUUAAGGCCAGCAGAGCAGGUUCAAACAUGGGUCUUCAAGUUCAAACCAAUAAGAGUUGAUUCUACUUAAAUAUUUUAACAAAUAUGAGUUAAUGAAAUGAAAAAGUCACUUGUAACUUUAAAUUAUUAAUUUUUAUCUGACAUUUGUUUUGAAAUGUAAUGACAAUUCACUGCCAUUUAUUGCCAUCAGAUUUUCUUUCUGAAAUCUUGAGUUGUCUUCAGUCAACAACUAAGCGUCAUCAUCUUUUUGGAUGUUCAUAGGAAAACAACGUUUCAUCUUUUUAGUUCAGUUGUGUUUU